CCUUGGACUUGUGAGCGAGUCGGAGGUUGCUGCAGGAAGGGGAGAUCGGAGGUUGGAUCUACACCCAGCAGUCUAUUGGGGAAACUUUCACUUUUAUAAACAAGUGUCGGGCUGCACUGGUUGAAGAGGAUACGAGGUAGUGCCAUGGAGGAUGGGAAGCCGGUGUGGGCGCCCCACCCAGGAGAUGGGUUCCAGCUGGGGACCAUAGUGGACAUAGGAGCAGACAGUUUGACCAUCGAGCCGCUGAAACAGGGGCAAAAGAGCUUUACGGCCCAGAUCAACCAAGUGUUUCCGGCUGAGGAUGAUGUCAACAAACAUGUGGAAGACAACUGUUCUUUAAUGUACUUGAAUGAAGCCACACUCUUGAACAACGUCCGUGUGCGGUAUAGUAAAGACAGAAUUUAUACGUUUGUAGCUAAUAUCCUGAUAGCAGUGAACCCCUACUAUGACAUCCCAAAGCUCUAUGCUCCCGAGACCAUUAAACAGUACCAUGGGAGGUCCCUGGGCACCCUUCCGCCCCACGUCUACGCUAUUGCUGACAAGGCCUACAGGGACAUGAGGGUGCUGAAGAUGAGCCAGUCCAUCAUCGUGUCUGGGGAGUCUGGUGCCGGGAAGACUGAGAACACCAAGUUUGUCCUCCGAUACUUGACAACAUCCUAUGGAACAGGUCAAGAUAUUGAUGAGAGAAUAGUUGAAGCCAAUCCCCUGCUAGAAGCUUUUGGAAACGCUAAAACUGUCAGGAAUAACAACAGUAGUCGCUUUGGGAAGUUUGUAGAGAUCCACUUCAACGAAAAGAAUACUGUGGUGGGAGGCUUCGUGUCCCACUACCUGCUGGAGAAAUCCAGGAUCUGCCAGCAGAGCCAGGAGGAGAGGAACUACCACAUCUUCUACCGGCUGUGUGCUGGAGCCUCCGAGGACAUCAGGACCAAGUUCCACCUGGAAUCACCAGACACCUUCAGGUAUUUGAACAGAGGCUGCACUCGCUUCUUUGCAAACAAGGACACGGACAAACAGAUCCUUCAGAACCGCAAGAGUCCAGAGCACCUGAAGGCUGGGCCCCUGAAGGACCCUCUGCUGGACGACCAGGGGGACUUCAACAGGAUGUGUGGGGCCAUGAAGAAGAUCGGCCUGGAUGAUAUGGAGAAGCUGGACCUGUUCAGGGUGGUGGCCGGGGUGCUGCACUUGGGCAACAUCGACUUUGAGGAGGCAGGCAGCACAUCAGGUGGCUGCACUAUAAAGAACCAGUCAAGCCAGACGGUGGAGUACUGUGCUGAGCUGCUGGGUCUGGGAGAGCAGGACCUGAGUGUCAGCCUCACGUCCAGGGUCAUGCUCACCACAGCAGGGGGCGCCAAAGGAACAGUUAUCAAAGUGCCACUGAAAGUGGAGCAGGCAAACAACGCACGGGACGCCCUGGCCAAGGCUGUGUACAGCCGGCUGUUUGACCACGUGGUCACCAGGGUCAACCAGUGCUUCCCCUUCCAGUCUUCUGCCAACUUCAUCGGGGUUCUGGAUAUCGCAGGCUUCGAGUACUUUGAGCACAACAGCUUUGAGCAGUUCUGCAUCAACUACUGUAAUGAGAAGCUGCAGCAGUUCUUCAACGAGCGCAUUCUGAAAGAGGAACAAGAGCUGUAUCAGAAGGAGGGCCUUGGAGUGAACGAGGUCCGGUAUGUCGACAAUCAGGACUGCAUAGACCUCGUGGAGGCCAAGCUGGUGGGCAUCCUGGACAUCCUGGAUGAAGAGAACCGUCUACCUCAGCCCAGUGACCAGCACUUUGCAGAGACCGUACACAACAAACACAAGAACCACUUCCGACUGACCGUGCCCCGGAAAUCAAAGCUGCAAGUUCACAGGAAUGUGAGGGAUGACGAGGGAUUCAUCGUCAGACACUUUGCAGGAGCUGUGUGCUAUGAGACGACCAAGUUUGUGGAGAAGAACAAUGAUGCACUGCACAUGUCCCUGGAGUGCCUAGUGAGUGAGUCUAAGGACCGGUUUAUCCGGGAGCUCUUUGAGAACUCCAACAACACCAAGGACUCGAAACAGAAGGCCGGCAAGCUCAGCUUCAUCAGCGUAGGCAACAAAUUCAAGACCCAGCUGAACAUUCUACUGGAGAAGCUUCGCUGCACGGGCUCCAGUUUCAUCCGUUGUAUCAAGCCCAAUCUGAAGAUGGUCAGCCACCAGUUUGAAGGGGCCCAGAUCCUCUCUCAGUUGCAGUGCUCAGGAAUGGUGUCCGUGCUGGACCUGAUGCAGGGAGGCUUCCCCUCCAGAGCGCCAUUCCAUGAGCUCUACAACAUGUACAAGCAGUACAUGCCUGCCAAGCUGACUCGCCUGGACCCAAGACUCUUCUGCAAGGCUUUAUUCAAAGCGCUGGGACUCAACGAGAAUGAUUACAAGUUUGGGCUGACCAGAGUGUUCUUCAGACCUGGGAAGUUUAAGGAGUUUGAUCAGAUCAUGAAGUCGGACCCAGACCACCUGGCGGAGCUGGUGAAGAAGGUCAACCAGUGGCUCAUCUGCAGCCGCUGGAAGAAGGUCCAGUGGUGUUCCCUCUCUGUCAUCAAACUGAGGAAUAAGAUGCUCUACCGUGCCAGUGCCUGCAUCAAGAUGCAGAAGACGGUACGCAUGUGGCUGUGCAGGAGGAAGCACAAGCCGCGGAUCGAUGGGCUGGUGAAGGUGCGUAACCUGAAGAACAGGAUGGAUAAGUUCAACGAGGUGAUCGCCGGCCUGAAGGAGGGGAAGCAGGAGAUGAGCAUGCAGAUUCAGGGGCUGGAAGAUGCCAUCAACACAACCAUGCUCAAAAUCAAGACCACAGCAAUGACCCGCAUUGACAUGGACCAUGAGUACCAGGCCCUGGUCACCAGGUCAGAGGAGCUGCUGACGGCCAUGCAGAACAAGAAGAAGGAGGAGGAGGAGAAGGAGCGACUGAAGAAGAUCCAGGAGGAGAUGGCGAGAGAGAAGAAGAGGAGGGAGGAGGAGGAGCAGCGCCGCAAGCAGGACAAAGAGGACAGGCGUCUGAAAGUGGAGAUGGAGCAGAAGCGGAAACACGAAGAAGAGGAGCGGAAGCAGAGAGAGAAAGAGGAGAGGAAGCUUCAGGCAGAGAUGGAUGUUCAGCUGGAGGCUGAGCGGGAGGAGGCGGCGGCGCGUCAGAACAUCCUGGAGCAGGAGAGGCGCGACAGGGAGCUGGCCAUGAGGAUCGCCCAGAGCGAGGCUGAACUCAUCCCAGAGGACACCCAGAAUGACGCAGGCCUGCGCAGUAACGGCACCUCAGGUGGUCCAUCCUCCCCAGAGAGAGCUACUGGAGCUGGUGGAUCUCAAAAGCUCAAGAGCAUGUCCAUGGAGGAAAUGGCCAAGGAAAUGUCUGAGCUUCUGUCUAGAGGCCCACAGGUUCAGGCUACCAAAGCUGCUGCUGCUGGCACCAAGAAGUACGAGCUCAGCAAGUGGAAAUACGCCGAGCUGAGGGACGCCAUCAACACAUCCUGUGACAUUGAGUUGCUGGCUGCCUGCCGAGAAGAGUUCCACCGCCGGCUGAAGGUCUACCACGCCUGGAAGUCAAAGAACAAGAAGCGUGGCAACAACCCCGGCGUCACAGAGCAGAGGGCCCCCAAAUCAGUCACUGACUAUGAUCUCGCACCUCGUGUGAGACAAGCACCCCAGGCAAACUCAGCCCCGCCCAUCCCAGCCAGGCAACAUGAGGUGGCCAUGAACAGGCAGCAGCGCUACUUCCGCAUCCCCUUCAUCCGGCCCGGGGACCAGUACAAGGACCCACAGAACAAAAAGAAGGGUUGGUGGUACGCCCACUUUGAUGGGCCCUGGAUCGCAAGGCAGAUGGAGCUGCACCCGGACAAGCAGCCCAUCCUGCUGGUGGCAGGGAAAGACGACAUGGAGAUGUGUGAGCUGAGCCUGGAGGAGACAGGCUUGACAAGGAAGAGGGGAGCUGAGAUCCUGCCCCGGCAGUUUGAGGAGAUCUGGGAGCGCUGCGGGGGCAUCCAGUACCUCCGGAGAGCCAUCGAGAAACAACAGGCCCGCCCCACCUACGCCACAGCCAUGCUGAAGACCCUCCUCAAGUAAAGGGUGUUGGGUGAAUUUGCCCCUAGUCGCUGAUCGUGGGUCAGUUUAGCAUUUUCCCCACCUAAAGGUUAAGGUUAGGAUUGGGGGACGGGAAGCUGAUCCUAGAUCUGUACUCUGGGAAACUUCACCCUGGAGCUAAAGCCCCCUGUCUUAAACCACAGGCCUUUCUCUCACUACAGCAAAGGGAAGAAUGCACUAAGCUACUGUACCUAACACAGUGGGUAUUCAAGCCUACUCUACCAUGUUUUGACUGGGGGCAAGUCAUAAAUUAACCACUUUUUGUUAAUUGUCUAUUUUCUUUUGUUCAUGUUGUUGGUCUUGGCUGCUUUCAAUUGUCUUGAUGUAUUAUUUCUUGGUGGGUGCGGGGGAAUUUGCAGUGAACCUAUGCAGAGGAAUCGGACAGUGACUAAUUAUUACAUCUAGUUUUGUUUCUCGAGCAAAUAUGGAUGUUUUCCUUUUAAUAUUCCUGCUACUUUAACUACGAGGCCUUAUUAAAACUACUUUAACUACGAGGCCUUAUUAAAACUACUUUAACUACGAGGCCUUAUUAAAACUACUUUAACAGGGUAAUUUGCUGAAAGUAGGAAGUGUUUCAGAGCUGCCUCCAAAUAAGUUUUGAGUAUUAAAUUGUUGUUUAAUAUUAUGUCUUUGUGAUUUAAAAGGAAGUCAACAUUUUGUCUCUGCAGUCUUAACAGCUUGUUGAUCAUUUCACUCAAACCGAUACUUGCUGUUUAUUUUCAUGUAGUAAUUAUAGGACAAUACUUGCACAAGAGAGGGGUAGAAAUGGGCUAGGUUGGGGUAGAAAUGGGCUAGGUUGGGGUAGAAAUGGGCUAGGUUGGGGUAGAAAUGGGCUAGGUUGGGGUAGAAAUGGGCUAGGUUGCAACUCUGUUUUCUCAUGUGAGGCAGUUAUACUUGAGCGUCAGGUUCUUCUCUAAGGAUAUUUUUUAGUAACUGCACAUAAAUUCACAUUCAUUUCUAAUUAUAAUAUUUGAUAAUACUGUAAUAAGUUUUUACCUCUGGCUUUCAGACUGAAUGUAAUAUGGGUUUGUUGAUUUGUUCCUUCAGUCCUUACUGUUUGGUUAGGAGCGGUUUGUUUUAUUCUUCAUAUGUGUGAUUUAGGUUUGCUAAUGAAAGGUAAAGAAAUAUUUCCUUUUUACAUUCCCCAACCAUUCAUUACUAAAGCCACAUGGUUGAAAUUGUUUCAUGUUCUACACAUGAAACAAUGCCUAUUCCAAAUAUUGAAACAAAAAGAAAAAUAAUGAAUGAAUCAAACUUAAUUAUGAGAAGUGAAUAAUACAAUUCUUGAGAUACUCUACGAUGUCGGACCAAAUGUGUGUAUGGGACAAAAACUGAAUAGUGAAAUCGUGUUGAUGUCUUCUUGACCCCAACUUCAUUCAAGCUCAUAUAAAAUAUAGUCAACUAUUCUUCUCUCUACUAGAUAUUCCAAUAGACACAUACAUACAGAAUGUUCUACGUGUAUGAUAGAGAGUCUAAUGUUUCUACACAGGAAUGUACACAUUUAUUUUCUAAAUAAAUAUUUCUACUCUAAGAUACUCUAAAGCAUGUGUCAAAAUCAUUCCACAGAGGGCCAUGUGUCUGCGGGUUUUUGCUCCACCCUCGUAUUUGAUUAAUGAAUUAAGGUCACUAAUUAGUAAGGACCUCCCUUCACCUAGUUGUCUACUGUAGGUCUUAAUUGAAAGGAAAAAACAAAAACCUGCAGACACUCAGCCCUCCAUGGAAUGAGUUUAACACCCCUGCUAUAAAGGGUUUGGUCACAUGACUCAUGUUUCUUAAAAUAAACAAAUGAUGAAGCAAUAAUUUACACACACAACACUACAAGGAGGACAGACUCUCAAACACACAGUACAUGACAAUCUUGUGAGACUAGAACUACUCUCUUCAGGUAAGGCUGUUAGUCUUGAGUUUCUUCUCAUUCCCUUAGACACUCUGCACAAGCGAAAGGCGACGUUGUGGUUGUUUGAAAUCUAUCCACUCAUGCUCGUGUCUAAAGCAUGUCUUCAGUUUAGCCCGAAGUAUGUAUUUCUGACAAACAGCAGAGUUUACUACUGUAGUGUGGGGUCUCCUUGAAUAUCGCUUGUAAUGUACAACAAAUGACUGACUGGCUUCCAUAUGCUCUGUAUCUCACAACACGCAUAGCAAUCAUUCCUCAGAUACUGCCUUUUCCAAUGCUGAUCUCUAACUGAAAUAAACGCAUUUCAUGCUUCA